CAGUCUGUGUGUGUGGACAUGAUGCGGGUUGCUGUGCUUUGCAGCAGCAUCUUGCACCUUUGGUUCUGCGUUCAAUCCCUGCCGGUACACGACAAGACAACCAACAGCAGGUCCCAGCAGGUACAGAGAUGGCCUCCAGGUAACCACCAUGCUGGUCUGCAGAGGAGGGCAAGACUUGAACAGGAUACACUAAAGGAAGAGUACCAUUUAAAAUCUUUAGUGAGCCUCCGAAAUGACACUGAGUUCUGGAAGCGUCCCCGCUGUGGAGUCCCAGACUAUCCCACCUUGACCCAGGUUGGCCUAUCGUACUAUGACCUGAAAAAGAGAGCAGGCCUGAAUGGACAGCAGCGCAGGAAAAGGUAUGCACUCUUUGGAAGACGCUGGGAGAAGAAAGACCUCACUUACAAGAUUAUGCGUUUCCCCUGGCAGAUGAAUGAAGUCAAAGUGCGCCACAUCUUACAGGAGGCAUUAAGUGUGUGGAGUGAAGUGACUCCUCUGAGGUUCAAAGAGGUCACCGCUGGGAAAGCUGACAUUAUUAUUGACUUCAACAGAUACUGGCAUGGGGACGCCUUACCGUUCGAUGGUCCUGGAGGAAUACUCGCACAUGCUUUUUUCCCCCGGACACACAGAGAGGGUGAAAUCCACUUUGACUAUGAUGAGGACUGGACAGUGGGCAAUGAUGUAGGUACAGAUCUCUUACAAGUGGCAGCUCAUGAGUUUGGUCAUGUCCUGGGUCUCCAGCACUCCCUGGAACCCGGUGCAGUGAUGUCACCUUUCUACAGUGCCUCCUACCCCUUGCAGCUGAGUGAUGAUGACAAGAGGGGUAUCCAGUAUCUAUAUGGACCUCCCCAGCAUGUCCCGCCUGAGAUCACAGAGACCAAUGAGAUUGACAUUGCAGUGCCAGAUGCCUGCACAACAAACUUUGAUGCCGUGUCCAUGAUCAGGGGUGAGCUGUUCUUCUUUAAGUCUCAAUAUGUUUGGCGGAUCCGUGAUGGGCAGCUACAAGCUGGCUAUCCCGCUCUGGCUUCACGCCACUGGAGAGGCAUUCCUGAUCACAUCGAUGCUGUUCAUGAAGACAAGUCUGGCAACAUCUGGUUCUUCCAAGGUGACAGUUACUGGGUGUUUGAUGGUGAGAGGAAAAUAACAGGACCGGACUAUAUGCAGCAGCUGGGUCUGCCUGUGUCCAAUAUCCAGGCAGCAGUGAAAUGGGAUGACGAUGGUGCCAAGAAAGUCUACCUCUUCAAGUCUCACUUUUACUGGCACUUCAACCCAGAAGAGAACCGGGUCAGCGAUUUCCAUCCUUACAGCACGUACGAUUGGGGAGGAAUGCCGAGCAACAUCGAUGCAGCUUUUCAGGACAGAUAUGGCUACACCAAUUUCCUGAGUGGGUUGAACUAUUGGAAGUUUGACCCCGUGGUGCUGACAGUGCUAGAAGGUUACCCCCGUAACAUUGGCAUGGAUUUUUUCGGCUGUCCUGCUGUUCCAUUGAAAUAGAUUCAUACAAACACAUUUAACAGACAUCAAGACUGAAGACUGCUGAGUCCGUAUUCGUUCUCCCUACAGUACCUCUUUCUAAAAGAACAUGGAUAUUUUUCUUAAAGAUGACUCAAAAUCUUCACAUAGCAGCAGGUGCUUAUCUGUGCCAGCCAACAAUCUGGUGAAACCAAACCAUUUGCAUUCAACCGGUUAUAAUUUGCACUGAAUGUGAUGAGCACUUAGUGUAUGUUUGUAGAAACAGCCAGUAAAUAUGUACCUACUUUUAAAGGGAAGGUGUUGUUUUGUCACCAUGGUAACAUAUGGUGACAGACUUUAGACCCACAGCCAAGCUUCAACAGUCCAGUAAGCAACACUCACAGACUUACUAGUGAACGUCCAAAGCUGCCAGUUUCACUCUUCAAUGUUUUUAACACACACAAGUUCAUUCCUUCAUGCUGAAUGGUGUUACUUAACCAUUUCCUUCGAAACCCAGGUUUUUGUGGUUGGCUGCACUGGUGGAUUAUAAGCACAUCUACACAGUGGAGCCACUUUAGGGAAUUUUCCAAAACUUGACUAAAAAUUUGGGCCAUUACCUUUCAUUUACAGGAUUUUCUACUCAAAGGUCCAGUCGGUCCAUCCCCACCUCUUUAAAGUAACCAUCAAUCUGCCACAGCCAGGCGAUAUGUUAGCUUUUCCUUGGCCUUUUCCACUCGCUGGGGUCCUCACGCUGGAUCAUGCACAGAGAGACGCACUAAAUUGCAAUAAUGUUGUAGUUGAUGUUGUCUCGCAAUACAAAGAAAAACAGGAAAAAACAAAGCACAGUAAUGAAUUGUAUAAGUACUCACCCUUGUAAAGUUGUUGAUUGUGGAUUGGUAAUUUAUUUAAGUUUACACUGCUGUUCAUCGUGGCCACAAUGUGUUCUUGAGCACCUCUAAAGGUGAUUUGGCCAAUAGAGGGAUUGAAUGCCCGCUAUAUUGGAUUUUGGUCACGCAGGAUAUUGUGGGAAAUGUAUGCCUGCUGCAGACGCACAGACACAGUCAGAAAAUAAGCAAAAGGAUUAUUUGUUGUAUCCCUGGAUGCUUUAAUAACCAUGUCUUCUAUGUUUUUCCUCAGAAUGCAACGUUUAGAAACAAGUGCAUUCGCAGUAUUGGAAGGACUGGAAAUAAGAGAUAGUUUAGUAAGUUCAAGCCAACAUCAACCCACCGAGUCUGCAGCAGCCAGAAAACUUACAUGCUUGACACACCAAUGGGUUUUUCCACUAAAUUGCUUCCAUCAAACCCACCAAUAUAUGUAGUAGUUUUGUCCACAACUUGUGGGAAAAUCAAAAAUGCCAUUUUAUGCAUAACUUAGUAAAUCAGCUCCUGAAAUCCACCCCCCCAAUC